AUGGAGAGUGGUUUGAAAUCCUUGAGCAGCUCAGCGGCGAAAUCACCUUCCUUGAUGGCUCGCAAGCCGUACUACAGCGGCAGCAUCCACCACCACCCUGCCAUGGCGCACCCGUUCCCUCAGGCGCCGGCGCCGGCGCCGGCGCCUCAGCCUCCGCUCCUGCCCCUGCCCGUGCACCUCCAGGCCCCGCAGAGCACCCGCCCGGUGUUGCGAGCCAAGAAGCCGCGCCACGCCGCGCCGUCGUCGAGCCCCAGGAAGCCCGGGGCGUCGGCGCCGAUCGUGGUGGCGGCGCCGUCCAAGAAAAGGCCGGCGGCCGGACAGGAGGAGGCGACGGGGUGGACGUCGCUCUACUCGGUGUCGCCGCCGCCGAGCAGCGUCCCGAUGCCGACGUCGCUCCUGGCCACGGCGAAGGCGAAGGCGCCGACAGCUUGCGCCGUGGAGGUGGCCGCAAGCGGGGCCGUGGACGUCGGCGCCACCGACGAGCUCCGGCGCCUUCUCCGGCUUUAG